CUCAACUCGUUAAUAAACAAUCCGAAGUAUCGAUCAUGAAUCCGAGCACGAGCAGCUUGCCUCAGUUGCCGCCCUAUUUACAUUACAUAUUUCAUUUAUUUCAUUUGAAUCACCUAGGAAAUAAAUAGAGAAGAGAGAUUUAUGAUCGUUAGACCUGGGCCUAGCAUAAACCCACCAGGCCCAUUAUUCAUCUUUUUUGGUACAAGCCCAAUGGAAAGACAUACAAUUUAUCCAAAGAGAAAAAGGAGAGCCCAUCCCUACUAGCCUAGAUCAAGUGCAAUCAAACCAACACCCAAGCCCAACAACACUUAAAACCCAGGCAACCAAAGACUAGCCAUCCCAAAAAACGGCAAAUCAGAGAUGGAAUGCAAUCAUCUCAAAAAGAGAGAUUGAAGGAAAGAUUCCACAAAGGGAUUGGAGAAAACAAAGCUACGUAUGAGGCAGGGCAGACUGCAGAGUAAGCACUGAGCCAGAACUUUUGCAGACUGUAUUUCUGAUUUGAUAUCACCACAGCUCUGAAGUAUUAAUCCCCAAAUCUUUUGAUGCAGCACUGAUCAGAGAAGGUUGCAGCUUUACAUGCUACCAGACAAGCCAUUAAAAAGGAAGCAAAACCCUGCAAUAUGGUUUCAGGAAAGGCAACAGCAAGUUCACAGAUUUAAAGUCGCAUCAUUUAUGCUCAUGCUACUGCUCCCUCUGCAUCAAUUUAUGUCCCUGCUAAUCUAAAACCCUUUUCACCAAUAUGGCUAUCCCUCUCUACACAAAGAGAAAGCACGAUAUUCUGAUACCAGAAAUGGCAAGCCUCAUUUACUCAUAACUUUAUCUCCUAAUAUGGCUUUGCCAUUUUAUAUACUUAUACCAUAGCUCUCCAAGUCCAAAGAGGUUUCAAGAAAAGAAGCAGAAGAGGAGGGAAGAAGAAUCAAAGAAAGGAGAAAAGGAUGAGUUUCUCAAGCGAGGAGGAAUACAGUGAUGAUUUCUUCCAUGGAGGAGUCAGGUUCUUCAAGGUCAUACUUGAACAAAACAUUGCUGACCAGAGGCUUAUGCUUCCUAUGAGGUUUACUAGACAGUAUGGAGGGUUUCUUGAGGGAAAAGCAACCCUCUUGGACACAUAUGGAAAGAAAUGGGAAAUGGACAUUUCCAAGAAGGGUAGUAAUGAAAGUUUCUGGUUCCAAAAUGGGUGGGAAGAGUUUUCUAAGUCCUACUCCUUGGCCCAUGGCGAUUUCGCCGUGUUUGAGUACACGAGCAGCUGCUAUCAUGAUGAUGAUCAGAAUGACUCGCUGGAGUUCUCAGUCAUCGUAUUCGAUGGAGAGACACAAAUGGAGAAGGAGACCAGCAACCUGAAGAUGACGAGUACUGUUGGUGUUGACAUGUUCAUGUCAAACUCCAACAGCCCUUGCUUCAAACAUGAGGUCACUCCAUCUUAUUUCCGGGCUAAGCUGAUGCCCAUUCCACAAGAGUUCUUUGAGAGCUUCUUGUGUGGAGUUGAUGACACGAUGGGAUGGAUCAAGCUCGGGUAUGGAGGGAAGCUGUGGGAUGUUCAGAUCGGUCACCAUGGUCCUGGACUCAGGUACAGGAGGAUUGAGUUUGCUGAUUGGAAGAGGUUUGUGGAGGAGAACUCGGUUAGAGAAGGAGAUGUCUGCGUGUUCGAGCUGAUUGAUGACCGUGAGCUGCUGCUGCAAGUCCACAUAUUCCGCGGUGGGAACUGAACCUGGAGAAGAAGCUAGCGCUUUGUGUUUAUGUUGUGAUAUGUUUAGCUGUGUUAGUCUGUUGCUACUCAGGAAGCAGAAAGCUAUGUUCUAAAAUGGGAAUGUAGAUCCUUGAACCAGGAGACAUGUUAACUAUCUUUGUCUAUGGCAUGACAUGUUAUCCUGCCAGUGAAAUAUUGAUGUAAUGCCUUCCUACUUUGUUUUCUUGGCUUGGUGUUCAAUGUGAGUUAAGGGCUCUUAAGGGGUGGCUUUAAUCGCUGUUAGGUUCAGGUGGGAAACUUUAAUCGCUGUUAGGUUCAGCAAUUCAUAAUAAAUUGUGGGUUAGUAAAGCGAUCGCUGCGUUAUAUGAUUUUAAUCACUUAUGGGUGCACUAAUCAAGACACUCAUCCCACAUAUGGAAAGCAAUCAACUAUCAACGCUUUUGCGGUAAGCAAUCAAACCUUAAUCGCGUUGGAAAGAAAGCGAUUAUAUUUCCCCAUAAGCAUAGGGUUAAGUGCAACGGCCUUGGAUGUGUAGACUGGUCGAAGACCAUAUCACUUUACCCGAGAAAUUUUACAAUGCUAUAUAGUAUUAGUGCUAUAGGUUUUUACUUUUAUGGUACAACUUAAAAUUGUACAUUUACGUUAUGGUACAACUUUAGAUUGUACCUAUAUUUUUUGUACAAAUUCUUCUAUGUUUGAGCCAAGACGCCUCGCUGGAACUCUCGCGAUUUCCCUUCCGACCAGCGCUUGCCUACACACACGAACACGGAGGGGGCGUCUGGGCCCGUUAAUCCUCCGACGCUCAAGUUAGUCUCUUAGAGAGAGAAGUGUCUCAAGGUAAGAGUUUUAGUGAGAGAAUCCAACCUGUGUAAAUGCUACCAACUGCCCCUAUUUAUACUUACCGAGUUCAAGGUUGAUCUCCUCCACGUCACCGUCUCCAUUUAAUGCCUUGUAGUCUCCUUGUCAGAUAUCUCAACUGCCUUGUCAGGCUUCUGGCACGUGACAGGCGCCCACGGACGAUGGACCACUUGACAGCCUGGCCUCCCUUGACAGUCUGACUCCCUUUGGCUUCUAGGUUUUGUCUUCAUGCGCCCCCCCACCUUGCUUGGGCCUAUAAUUGCUUUACACUUCCACUUACGGGCCUUGCCCCCAAUUCUGUUGCUUGGAAGCCCAAAUUACCACUCAUUGGGCCUUGCUCGUAGUACCCCCAACAGUUUUUGCCUUUAUGGUACAACUUAAAAUUGUGCAUUUACGUUAUGAUACAACUUUAGAUUGUACCUAUAUUUUUUGUACAAAUUCUUCUAUGGUACAACUUGAACUUGUACAUUUAUGUGAUGGUACAACUUCAAGUUGUAAAGUUGUACCAUAACAUAGUGGUACAAAUUGCUUUAUGGUACAACCUAAACUUAUACAUUUAAUGUUAUGGUACAACUUUGAGUUGUACAUUAAAGCACCAAUGCUAUAUAGCAUAGUAGAAGUACUCAUUGCCCCUACCAACAAUAUCAGUUAUCACUUUACCCUUAAGCGAUUUAGUUUUUUAACUUUUAUAAGUAGAUAUUUGACAUAAAAAUUAUAAUCUAAA